UUCUGGACUGGAUGGUCGAAUGGGACGUGACUUGCGGAAAGGCCAGCUCGAACAAGUCGGGCUAUGCCUGUGGCAACAACACGGACUGCAAUGACUUCACGAAUGGACCGGGUUAUCGCUGCUUAUGCAAGCCUGGGUACAACGGGAAUCCCUAUAAUCGCUCCCACGGCUGUCAAGACAUCAAUGAGUGCAAGGAACCAGAAGUAUACCCAUGUCAUGGAAAGUGCAGAAAUAAGCUCGGGAACUACACAUGCGAUUGCCCAUUCGGAAUGCGGGGCGAUGGUAAAGUCAGUUGCCAAAUUUCUCAUUUGGCCAUGCUUGUUGCAGCGGUUAUUGUGGCCUUCUUCUUCAUAACUAUUAGUGCUUUAGUCUUUAACACGUGGAGGAGGAGAAGCAAACAGAGAAACUUCAAGCGAAAUGGAGGAGAGCUGUUGAAACACCACAGAGUUCAAAUUUUUACGGAGGCAGAGUUGGCGAAAGCAACCAACAACUAUAAUGAUAGCAAUAAGCUCGGCGAGGGCGGUUUUGGUUCUGUCUAUAGAGGGAGAAUAGUGGGGGAAACCAUGGUCGCGGUCAAGAAGCCUAAAGAUGUUCACGAGUCUCUAGUAAAGGGAAAUUUCCAGCAUGAACUUGAAAUUGUGAUGCAAAUAAACCACAAAAAUGUGGUGAGGCUCCAUGGCAUAUGUUUGGAGACUAGAAUACCAUUGUUGGUUUACGAAUACAUUUCGAACGGUACCCUCUUUCAACACAUCCAUCAGAAUGCGUCAAACAUCUUAAGAUCGUGGAAAAACCGGCUCAGAAUAGCCACUGAAGUUGCUCUUGCACUUGCGUAUAUGCAUUCUUGCGCAGAACCUCCAAUCAUUCAUGGUGACAUCAAGUCAGUGAACAUACUUCUAGAUCAAAAUCACUCAGUAAAAGUGUCUGAUUUUGGAACAUCAGUGCUUAUAUCACCAGAGCAUAGUCAUAUAAUAGCCACUGAAAUUCGAGGCACAUUGGGCUACAUCGAUCCGGAAUAUUUAACCACCGGUAUGCUAACAAUUAAGAGUGAUGUAUAUAGUUUUGGAGCUGUCGUCGUGGAAUUGCUCACGGGAAAGAAGCCUGCAAGUUUUAUUACUAAGUCCGGAGAGUCAAUUAAUAUUAUCCAUUAUUUCAUCUCUUCCGUGAAGGAUAAGAAGUUGUCCAAUGUCAUAAACUUCGAGGCCGCUAGUGAAGAUGAAAUGGAGAGAGUAGGAAUGGCUGCUGAGAUUACAGUGAAGUGCUUGGACCAAAGCGGUGCGAAGAGGCCAGUAAUGAUGGAAGUGGCUGAGCAACUUGCAAGGAUUAACCAAGAUCUCGACAGCUCAAUAGUUGAAGAAAACAUUGAGGAGACGGAAAGCGAGGUGGAUGAAGAAAGCCUCUACUCCCAUGCAACUUCAACUACUACCAUGAUGAGCCAACAUGGGAGGUCCGACUCUUUUUAUUUAACAAGUUCCAGCAUCUGAUCCUUGGUUACUAUAGUGACAUGUCUAUUAAUAGUGCAUAAGGACUUCUAGGGUUGAUUGUGUAUUCUAUAUAUAUAAGUGAAAUCUCUGCUUGAGUGGAGACUACCGCCCCUGCGUGAGAUUACAUUGUUAUUACUAUUCACGCAUAUCAAUAGGAUCUCUACUCGAGUGCGAACUACCAUCCCCACG